AAACAACAGGAUGUCAUAUAAUUUCUGCUGAACCUCCAGAUAAUAUCUUUACAUGCUGCAGAGGUAUCUCCAUUUCCAUCUGCAACAUGUUGUUUUUCCUGAUGACCGAUGCUCUGGCUCUGCUGUUCCAGACCUGCAACAGCCAAAUCUCCAUGGACAGCUACACGGGUCCCAGAGUGCGCCUGGCUGGUAGUUCCAGUAACUGCUCUGGGAGGGUGGAGGUGUACCAGUCUGGCCAGUGGGGGACGGUGUGUGACUACGGUUGGGACCUUCCUGAUGCCCAGGUGGUGUGCAGGGAGCUGGGCUGUGGCUUUGCCCUGUCUGCAUCAUAUGGGUGGUAUGAGUACGGCAUGGGAACAGGUCCAAUUCUCCCUCAUGGAGCUGCAUGCAAUGGAGAUGAGACAUCUCUCCACAACUGUCCCAGAAUCACCCCCCCCUCCUGGUGGUGGUGUGCUCAUUACUUUGACCCCAAUGUUGUAUGUACUGGACCUGGCCCAGGUGCAGAACAACACAAUGGGACAAGGGUGAGGGUGGUUGGCACCCCUAGUAACUGCUCUGGGAGGUUGGAGGUAUACCACGGUGGUCACUGGGGCACAGUGUGUGGGGAUUACUGGGAUGUGAAUGAUGCCCAGGUGGCGUGCCGUCAGCUGGGCUGUGGUGCACCCGACCCUGGCCUGCCCACCUCUCUGUUUGGCAGUGGCUCUGGGGUAAUUUUCCUGGACGACCUGCACUGCAGAGGUAAUGAGUCCUCCCUCUUCGACUGUCCAUCUCGAGGGACAGGUGUGCACAACUGUGUCCACUCCUUGGAUGUUAGCAUUAGCUGCACAGGUACAAAUUCAUUGGAAUACAAUGGCACUCGUGUGAGAGUGGUCAACGGGGCACACCGUUGUGAAGGCCGGGUAGAAGUGUAUCUUGCAGGCUAUUGGGGGACAGUGUGUGAUGAUUUCUGGGAUAUGAAUGACGCCCAGGUUGUGUGCAGAGAGCUGGGCUGUGGGGAGGCUGUGGCUGCUCUGCAAUAUGCUCAUUUUGGCCAGGGCACAGGGCUUAUUUUCCUGGACAACCUGUUCUGUACUGGGAGUGAGCAGUCACUGUUCAACUGUACAUCCAAUGGCCUGGGCUCCCAUAACUGCAUGCACUAUGAAGAUGCUGGGGUCAUAUGUGCAGGUCCAAAUGCAACAGAAUACAACGGCACUCGUGUGAGAGUGGUGAAUGGAGAACACCGUUGUGAAGGCCGGGUAGAAGUGUAUCAUGCAGGCUAUUGGGGAACAGUGUGUGAUGAUUUCUGGGAUAUGAAUGACGCCCAGGUUGUGUGCAGAGAGCUGGGCUGUGGGGAGGCUGUGGCUGCUCUGCAAUUUGCUCAUUUUGGCCAGGGCACAGGGCUUAUUUUCCUGGACAACCUGUUCUGUACUGGGAGUGAGCAGUCACUGUUCAACUGUACAUCCAAUGGCCUGGGCUCCCAUAACUGCAUGCACUAUGAAGAUGCUGGGGUCAUAUGUGCAGAUCCAAACACUGGUACAAAAGUGCGCCUGGUGUCCGGACAAAAUAACUGUUCGGGGCGGGUGGAAUUCAGUUACUAUGGCACCUGGGGAACAGUGUGUGACGAUGGCUGGGACCUGGAUGAUGCCCAGGUGGUGUGCAGGGAGCUCCGCUGUGGGGAUGCUCUGUCUGCCCUGGGAGGUGCAGCCUUUGGCAGUGGUCAGGGGCCCAUCCUCCUGCAUGAUGUACACUGCCGUGGCAAUGAGACUUCGCUGGAGAGUUGUGGGACAGUCACUACAGCCUCCAAUCACUGUCAGCAUGACCAGGAUGCAGCUGUGGUUUGCUCAGCAGGUGCAACGGUCCGGCUGGUGAAUGGGAGACAUCGUUGUGCAGGGAGAGUGGAGGUUCUUGUGGGCAGCCAGUGGGGGACAGUGUGCGACGAUUACUGGGAUAUUCGAGAUGCCCAUGUAGUGUGCCGGGAGCUGGGCUGCGGGUACCCACUCUUCGCCCCGAGAUGGGCCAGUUUCGGACAGGGCACAGGGCCUAUAUUUUUGGAUGAUGUGGCAUGCUUUGGCUCGGAGAUGUCCCUUUUGAAUUGUGGUCACACAGGAUACGGCAGACACAACUGCUUCCACUAUGAGGAUGCAAGUGUGGUCUGUUCAGAUGCUUCAGUGGAGUCAGAAAUUUACACGGGCCCUCGAGUGCGUCUGGUUAACGGUCCCAAUGACUGCUCUGGGCGAGUGGAAGUAUACUAUUCCGGCAUGUGGGGGACAGUGUGUGACCAUGAUUGGGACCUGUUGGACGCCCAGGUAGUGUGCCAGGAGCUGGGCUGUGGGAGGGUACUGCACGCUCCCAGUUUUUCCCACUUUGGGAUGGGGGAAGGGCUUAUCCUCCUGGAUCAUGUGAGUUGCCUUGGGAAUGAGACAUCACUGCUGUCCUGCUCGGCUGCACAGACGGAGUUCCAUGACUGCCAUCAUCUCGAGGAUGCCAGUGUCAUCUGCUCUGGCAGGACCACAGUGCGUUUAGUAGAUGGCAGUGAUCGGUGCAAUGGGCGUGUAGAGGUGCACCACUCCGGCAUGUGGGGCACUGUGUGUGACCACGGCUGGAACCUCAUUAAUGCCAAGGUUGUGUGCCGAGAGCUGGGCUGUGGGCAGGCCGUCAUCGCACCCACAGGCGCUGCCUUUGGGGAGGGCGUGGGCCACAUCUGGCUGGACGACAUCUCCUGCACAGGGAACGAGCGAAAUCUGACUGAGUGUUCUAGCAGAGGCUUUGGGGUGUACAACUGUGACCAUUCUAAUGACGCUGGGGUGGUCUGCUCUGGGUGAGACGAGAACAUGUUCUAUGAACAUUCCCUUCUGCUAUCCAGUAAGUAGUAAUUGACACGGCCACAGUAAAAACUGACAUUUACACAGCUGAAUUAAAAUUUAUUUUGUUAGGUUACUGCUAAACCGAAACAGCAGGUCAACCUCACUGAAGGUGCUCCGCAAAUAAACAUUUGAUGCUCUCUGGAUUACAGGAUAUUUUGUCCCAGUUAAGACAUGCUUAUAUACUUUUUCAACAUAUCUACAACCAUCAUUGUUCUCUUCCUUUAGGUGGACACAAGAAGCCAAGAUGACAGCUACUCACUCAAAUCUUAAAUCUUUUGCAAUUUUCAGUGCAUUUCUGUAAAAUUACAUGCAUUCAAUCAACUCUCCUCAAAUAUGCUGACAUUCAUAGGUAGAAUUGUCUCUUUUCAUUUUUGUAUAAAUUCUCUUUGAAAACCUCUUGCAUUUAAAAGUCAUUCUGAAGCAUCAAAUGUUGUUGCAAUUGACUAUUUUGUGCUUUGCUUUCUUCCCAAUAUUACCAUUAAGGGCAGAAUUUUUGGAUUUGCAUGUCAAAGUAAGCUUCCUCAAAGGAAUGGUUAAUGAUCAACAGACAUGUACAUUUUAAUAUAAAAGGUUUAUUGACAGGAAAAAUACUGUAUCUUUCUGCAUGUAUAUGUUUGAAAAGCCUGUGUAUUCAGAGACGCAACAUUUAAGCACACAGGACAUUACUUGGCAACAGAAAAGGAAACUGUUACACCUCUUUUCCCCUCAUAAAGUUAAAUGUCUGGAAACACUAACAGUCAAUUGAAUUAUUUAGAUUUUUUUGUAGUUGAUUUUUUUGUAAACAGUAGCUUAAAACAUAUAGCACUUUAAGUGCAUAUACACAAACUUGAGCCAAUUUUUACCCUGUAGUUUAACUUUUGUGCAUACUGUCACACCAGUGUGAUUAGCCCUUGCACGCAUACGGUCAAACCGGUGUGAUUAGAACACUAGAUUGGACAAAUAGCUAGCUAACAUUACCUUUGAGGAAACAGUGAUUUAACGUUAGAGUACAGAAAGUACAGAAAUGCAGUGGUGAAAACUGUGAGCUCAAUAACGUUAAUGAAAACAUAAUGAACCAUGUAAUGCAGCACAUGCAACACAUAGCAUAUAAUAAGUGACAUACAAAAGGGUUAAUUUCACUAGGUGAAUCAGUUCUUUGUUCUCUCCUCCUUCAGAAAAUUUUCUUCCUCAGAGAACGAGGCAAGUGUUUAAUAUGCAAUUUAAUGUAUUUUGGGAGAGACCACAAACAGUAUCAUUCCUGUGCAAAGAUAAAAUGCUGAGAUAAAAAGCCUCUAGAGUAUAAUAUGCAUCCAACACCAAAAGCAAUAAAAAUGACAUGUUCUGAAGAAAUAAAAAAUCAAAAAGGUGUAUAAUUCUCAAGCCUUAUAUAUAUAUAUGGUAUAUAGGCACAACGACAACAUUUAAGAAUGUGUGUAAGUGUUCAUUCAUCAAUGUCAAGACCAUGAGAAUGAGCAUUUCCAGGACCAAAGUGAAAAUAAUCCAGAAUAAGUUUAAGAAAGACAUUAGCCAGUUCUGGUCUGUUCUCUCAUCUAAACUGAUUCAUGUUCAGGUACGAAUGAGACUUCAGAUCAAUUAAAAAUGGAUCAGCAAAUUCAAUAAUGAUAGUGACCAGAAAGAGAAAAAAGAUAAUUUAACAUCUUACAUUCACU